UAUAGUUUCUAUUCUCUGAUCCAUCUCCAGAAAUGAAAGGCUAUUUCCUGCAUCUUCCCAUUCUUGUGCUCUUUUUGACUUUGGGCUAUGGCUAUAGCUAUGAUCGCAAUGAAUGCUUGCCCAGAAAAUGUGGGAAUAAUGGCCCUGAAAUCUCCUUCCCAUUUCGACUGAAACACAUCCAGCCCCCAGAGUGUGGCUACCCCGGAUUUGAGCUUUUAUGCACUGAUAAGGGAGAAACUGCCUUGGAGAAUCCUUUUCCACUUCUCAACGCCACCCUGCAACCUCCAUUUCCAGUGAAGUUUUUGAUAGAGUCUAUAGAUUGUGAGGAUCGUUUGAUCAUAAUAUCUCGAGUGGAUGGCUGCUUCCUACAACUGCUCCCCAUACUAAACUUAUCUGCAUCUCCCUUUAGUUUCGAAAAUCUUUAUAACUUCAGCAUUUUCAGCUGCUCCACACACAGGAACAUCACUGCAGGCUCAAUUAAUAUAUCCCCGAUAGCAUGCCUUACCAAACCAGGCCAUUUCAUUUAUGCUGCGGACUCUUCCCUAUAUCUCUACAGUGCAACAGAUCUAAUUUCUUGCACAAAAAUGUUUCACGUUUCAUCAGUCCCCUACUCCAUAGCACAAGAUAACACUGUAUUUAGUUUGAGGUGGACUGGGCCGAGUUGUAGGCUGAAGAACAACAGCACUGCAGAAGAUGCUGACGACUGUAUAGCUCCAUUGACAAAAUUACAUACAGGUCCACUGAGAAAAUUGAAAGUUGCAGGUGAAGUUCUUGGUUCGUUUCUUGUUGUGGUGAUCGUUCUUGUCACCUACCGUAUUUAUAGGUUGAAUAAAAUGAAGAAAGAGGAGCAAGUGAAGAUUGAAAGGUUCUUGGAGGACUAUAAGGCUCUAAAACCAGCAAGGUAUUCAUAUGCAGAUAUCAAGAAAAUUACAGACAGAUUUAGUGAAAAAUUAGGUGAAGGCUCCUAUGGUACAGUGUACAAAGGGAAGCUUUCGGGUGAUGUUUUUGUUGCUGUUAAGGUCCUCAAUAAUUCCAAAGGAGAUGGAGAUGGGGAAGAGUUUGUCAAUGAAAUGAGCACAAUUGGAAGCAUACACCACAUCAAUGUGGUCCGAUUGGUUGGCUAUUGCGCAGAUGGGUUCCAUCGAGCUCUUGUUUAUGAAUAUUUAGUGAAUAAUUCUCUUGAAAAGUUUGUGUUUUCACCAAAUGACAAAAAUUUCCUUGGUUGGGAGAAAUUGCAACAGAUUGCUCUGGGCAUAGCCAAAGGAGUUGAGUAUCUUCACCAAGGGUGUGAUCAAAGGAUACUACAUUUUGACAUUAAACCUCGUAACAUAUUGCUGGACCAGAAUUUCAACCCGAAAAUCUCUGAUUUCGGUCAAGCAAAGUUGUGCUCCAAGGAGAAGAGCAUUGUCUCCAUGACUGCUGCAAGAGGGACCAUGGGCUACAUUGCACCAGAAGUCUUCUCUCGCAACUUUGGGAAUGUCUCGUAUAAGUCAGACGUUUACAGUUUUGGAAUGCUUUUGCUCGAAAUGGUGGGGGGAAAGAAAAAGAGUGACAUUACUGGAUCACCUGAAACAAACCAAGACUAUUUCCCUGAAUGGAUUUACAAUAUCCUGAGUAGGGGAGAAGAAGUAGAGAUCCAAAUAGAGAAAGGGGAGGAUUCCAAAAUUGCAAAGAAACUGACAAUAGUGGGACUUUGGUGCAUUCAAUGGUAUCCUGUGGAUAGACCUUCAAUAAAGGUUGUGAUUCAGAUGCUUGAAGCUGAGGAGCCUCCCUCCAUGCCACCCAAUCCUUUUACUUCCACUGAUCCAUCAAAAGCUAAAGCUAACAAGCCAGGGAGACUGUUCACUAGUGCACUAGAAAUUAUAUCUGAAAUGGAUUAAUGAAUAUCUCUGAUCUUAUAAAAUUAUAUACUAUAAAUUUUACUUAUUGUUUAUUGUAUGACUACUAAAUUUGUAUUAUACUAGCAAAUGUAUUAUUUCCCAAUUCAUAAGACCACGUGUAAAAUAGUUUUUUAUAUUUUAAUUGUUAAACUCUCUCCAAAGUUUA